AUGUCGCGGCGCGGAGAUGCGGUUUACGAGGAGCACGAUUAUUAUUCACGGCAAGGCCCGCUCCCCGUCCGAACCAGAGAACGCGAAAGGGAGUACGAGGAGACCGAUGUCUAUUCCAGGCGGGAUGAACGAGACAGCCGACCAGCCUUUCUGCGAGAUGACUUCGGCAGACAAGAGCCAGGACAGCUGGUCAUAAGGGAACACGAUACAGAGAGCUAUACUACGAGUCGGCCUCUUGAGCGAAGACCGCGAUCGCCAUCUCCAGUUCGAGUCCGCGAGCGAGAGAGGAUCUUCCACAGAUCUCCAAGUCCGCCGGACAGGCUGCGAGCUCGGGUGACUGAAACAAGAGAGAGGGUGAGAGAACGCUCUCCAUCGCCAGUGCGAGUUCAAGAGAGAUUCGUCGAGAGAGUACGGCAACGCUCUCCAUCGCCGCCACCGGACAGGUUGCGCGCACGAGUGACGGAGACUCGAGAGCGGGUGAGAGAACGCUCUCCAUCGCCAGUGCGAAUUCGGGAGAGAUUCAUAGAGAGAGAAAGGCAGCGCACUCCUUCGCCCCCACGACUCGACACCUCGGUUCGCAUCCGCAAUAUCGAUAUCGAACAGCGUGAGAGUAGACGGCCUUCCCCUUCCCCUUCUCCAUCCCCCUCACCCCCCAGAUCUAUUCGUGCACCCCCCAUCCACCAGGAAAUCAUCACUCACCAUAGGCACAUCGACCAUGGCUUCGAACGGGUGCGUGUUCCAUCUCCGCCCCCACCACCUCGCCGUAGCAAAGAAACCCGAGAAACAGAUAUCGACAUUCAUACCUCCCGUGACAACACCGAAAUCGACAUUACUCGGAGCAAGUCUCGAUCUAGAACACCACAGCCAGCCUCAAGGCCGCGACGGAACGAUUUCUUCGAUGACAGUGACAUCUACGAUCAAGAGCGAGACAAACUGCGAGUUCGUGAUACAAGAGUAGACAUCGAUAGACGACGCAGCGUAAGUGCUCGACCAGACACUAGGGACCGGGACAUGGUCAAGGUUGAUAUCCGAGAGGACUUCGGACACCAUCAUCAUGACCACCUCCAUGAUGACGAUGACGAGGCUGAGUACUAUCAGCGAAAGGUAGCGGAACGAGCAUUCAUCGGAGAAGCAUACAAUGGGGCCACGAAGGACUGGGCGAUUGUGGACGUCCCGCCUGGAACAGAACGAGUCCGUAUGGAUGGUGUAGGUGGAGCAAGCCAGGACAUUACAUGGCAACGAUAUAAUGGCGUUCGUCGGAGCAAGUUCAUCCCUGAGCGCGAACGAGACCGGGUCGAAAUACGGGAGCGCGAGGAACCCCGACGAGAGAAAAUUGAUGUACGCGAGGAAACCAACCGAGAGACCAGCAACCUCGAGAUAGAGAUUUCCACCUCCAACAACCGUCGCCACGAUCAUGGCCCUGUUUACGAACGAGAACGAGAAUACGAGAGGAUCGAAGAGACCAGCGAUCGACGGGUCGGCAUGCCUCGCCCUCCCCCCAAGAACCGCACCGGAGAUCUCUGGACAGAGAUCACCAAAGAUCUCGUCGUACGAGAAGCCAUCGAACAAAUGGGAUAUGACUUCGAGGAGACGGAAUACUUCUACUACAUCAUCCAAUACCUGCGCUAUGAGGACGUCCUAGAACUCGUUAAGAUCUCGGAGCACAUCCGACGGGAACGACAACACCGGAUCCGCGAAAUCGAGCGGGAGCGCGAGCGCUUCGAAAAGCGAGCGCGUGAAAGGGUAGAGUGGGAGCGCGCUGAGCGGAGGAGAGAACGUGAUCGCCGCGAUGGCAGCGAGACCGUCUUCGACGAUGAACGUAUCAUCGAGCGCGAGAUCAUCUAUGAUUCCGGUGGUCGGAGACUACCUCCGAGAAGUCAUCGUGGGGGUUGGUAA